AUGGAGGAGCAGCUUGUAGCUCUGUGGCACCCAGGCACAAACGGAACUGCCCUCGCCGCCAGCACUAAGUUUGCUGUUUAUAGCAAGAUGCAGGAAUCUCUGGACGCAGUUCCUCCUAACAAACAAGAAGAAGAUGAGAAAGACCAGCCUGCUGAGAUGGAGUAUCUUAACUCUCGCUGCGUCCUUUUCACUUACUUCCAGGGAGACAUUGGGUCAGUAGUGGAUGAACACUUCUCAAGAGCAUUAAAUCAAGCUAGCAGCGUCAACCCAGAGUCUGUAAUUUCCAAAAGCAAGACAGGGCCAAACCCACUAUGGAAAGAGAACUCAACAAUAGCAAGCCAAAGGAGUGGUUUCCCAGCUUCAUUUUGGACCAGUUCUUACCAAACUCCACCUCCACCAUGCUUAGGUGGACUUCAUCAUGAUUUCCCAGUUACUGCACCAAGCACCUUUGAUCCUAGCAACUGGCCAGGACGUACCCUGCAUCAGACUGCUCCACCUCCUCCUCCUAGCAUGUCAGAUUCCUGGCAUUAUCCCUUAGCAUCUCAGGUGAGUCCUACAUAUGGACACAUGCAUGAUGUAUACAUGCAUCACCAUCACCCCCAUGCGCACAUGCAUCACCACCAUCCGCCGACUUCACACCUUGACCCAGGGUACAGACCUUUGCUGAUGCCUUCAGUUUGUACAGGCAAGAUUCCUCCACCACAUUGUGAUGCAGCCAAGACAGAGUCUACUGCUGUCACCAGUGCUACCUCAGCAUGGGCAGGAGCUUUUCAUGGAACAGUCGACAUUGUUCCAACCUUUGGGUUUGACACAGGCAUACAGCACCAGGAAAAAAGUAAAGAGACAUCAUGGUUUUGAAGUACAAGUGGAUCUUAUCCCGUAGCCAGUAUUAAGAGUCUCUACCUUUGUGAAGGGAGCGCUGCAAUUUCUUUUCUUUUUCACCAUUUCUGCACAGUGGCAGUAGACCUACUGCUAAACAGAUGGAAAGAUGACCAGCCAUGAUUUUGUGAUUGAGUCUUUACCACUAGAAGGACAUAUAUU